AUGGGAAAAGAGUCCAUUGAAAUAUUGAGACAAGCGUAUUUGAAUGAUGAGAGAGUAAUGGCUAAUAAUGCAACAGGUCUGACAGACUCGGAAAGCAAUGAUCCCGAGGACUGGGUCAAUUUGAAUCUGAGGUCAGCAAAGGGGAAGGAAAUGGUUAACAAACACGUAGGCAUUGUUAAGAGGAUAGCAAGACGACAGGCAGCGAAGUUGAUAGCAGAGAACAGUCUUCUCAAAAGAAAGGUUCCCAAAAAAGUAAGUUCAAUUCUUCAAAAGUAUCCGAAUAUUGGGCGGGACAUUGAGGAAUUUGUGGAAAGCAAGCGAUGCGGAGCAGAUUCUUGGAGACGCACCGGUGUUACUACUUUCGACGGUAACAAGAAAAAGGGCCAGAAAGCAUCCUUUAGGACAAUCCAAGCACAUUUGCAAGAAAAGUAUAACACCAAAAUUGGUUACGGAAUUGUUGUUGAACUGUGUGUUGUAUGA